AAGAAAAAAAAGAACAAACGUAUGAAAUCAUAUAUGAAAAUAAUUCCAUUGUAUCUAUUUACACAUAAACUAAACAUGCAAGAAACCAUAUAAACAAAAGUACUUGUUUUGUUUAUCCAAUAUUCAUCUGCAGAAAUAGAAGUAUUUGUUUCUGGUGAUGCAAGCUGUUUAACCAUAACCCAUCUCUCCCCCAUUCACAAUUAUCAUCCCUUGUAAAUUGUUAGCUGGAGGGAUCUGAGCAAGGUACAUGUCUUCUGCCAGCUCCAGGUUUUGAACUGUUGCCAAGUUACAUUACGACGACUGUUUUAUUAAUUUAAAAAUAGCUAUUUUCUGCACUGUGCACAUUGAAUGCUUUUCCUUUUCUUUCUUCCUGGAAUGAGAACUCAAAUCAGGACCAAAUGGAGCGGAUAUAGUAGCGCACCCAUAGGCUUAUUGCCAAUUUGAUACACACUACAACUCAAUAAAGGAUAAAGCUACUUGUACCCCAACCUUUUGUACCUCACUUUGUACCCCGCAGUUUUGCACCAACAUUUUGUGUUGGUGUAAAACUAAUUUUUAUUAACGCACCAACACUUUGUGUCCGUGUAAAUUUUUGUUAACACACCAAGAUUUGUGUUGGUGUAAACCAUCAGAAUGUUUGUGUAUAACUGCGGUGUACAAAUGGGGUACAAUUUUUGGUGUAAAUGUAGCAUGGUCCCUCAAUAAAUCAUUAUGGCAAAAAAUGAUUUUCAAAGUAUUCUUUACAUAGCUAAAAAGCCUAAAAUGAAAACUUCCAGCCUAUGACAAUAUGUAAAGGGAGCAUAUAUUGAACAUGAAAAUGCUAAGAAAAUAAUAUCUUUAAAUUAGUACCACAGAUGAAGUACCUUUUUAUAUAAUGUCUAAAUGAAACAUUUCUGAAAAAUCAGCAGAGAAAACACUCUUUUCAUCUCUUUUAGUUGUUAACCUGAAACUUCCAAUAAGAAAAAUCAGCAAAACCAACUGUAACAAUAGCCAUUACUUUUAAUUAAAUAUGUUACAAUUCAAGCCAAACACCUGGUGCUCAUUUAGAUUGAAAUCAUAUUUCCAUGAGAAUGAAGUGUUUUUAGAUUUAUACGUGUGGCACAGAAACCGAAUUACUUAAUAUGGAGGAAGUUAAAUCUCUUCUAGUCUUCUUAAUAUGGAGGAAGUUAAAUCUCUUACAUGAGAUGCCUAGAAACCGAAUUACUUAUUUGCCUCUAGAAAAGUGCAGAUCCCUCCUUCAACGCUUUCAAGCAACUAUGCAUGUCAAAUUGAAGAGAGGCACAAUCAUAAUUCCUCUUGACCUCUCCUUUUCCUGCUACUUCUUCAUUAUUUUCCAUCAUCUUUUUUUAUUCUCUGCUGCACAACAGCUUCUUUAACUUCUUAAGAGCAUAAAAACCUAAGCAAACCAAAUUAAUGGAGAUUGGUGGCUGCAUUUAUGCAGGAAUUGUAUAACACAACCCAAAUUAAUGAAGCACUACCGUUGGCUUCAUGAAGACAAUGAUGAUUUUACGGUGAGAGCUAUUUUUACAAUGGUGAGAGCCAUAAUGGGAAUCUUAUGCGAUGCACAUUAAGAAAUUCUAUCAAUAAUUUAUUUACUAAUAUUUGAAAAUAAUCAAUAACUGCAUUAUUUUAUAAAUAUAUUUCUUAGUUUAUACCAAAAAAAAUAUUUCUUGGGAAGAAAUAUAGUGUGCUAUUGGUGAUCUACAACUACAAAUCACUGAAGAAAGUAAUUAUAAAAAUUAAAGGAGAACCACCCCUCUAUUACCUCUUUGAACCUGAAUCUUAAAUAUCUGGUUACUUCACUUAAGGUGCAAAAUUUGAAUCUGGGCAGUCUAAAACCAUAUUCAUCUGUGCUAAGUCUAGUCGAAGUCCCAGAUCGGUUAAUCUCAUUGCCGGUUCCAUUGGAGAAGGGAAUCGAAGGUAUGGAAAGUAGCUUCACAUUGAAUAGUCAAUUGAAGCUUUGUCCUUUUAAACUAAAGAUGAUUUUGGUACUCAGUUAAAAAGUGUGCAUACGCAAAGCAUAGCUAAAAGAAGAGUCUGGAAGAACAAAAAGUAGUGUGACUG